AUGGGUAAUAAAACGAAAGGUGUUAAACGUCCAAAUGGAAAUGUUCAAGAUGCAGAGCAAAAGAGCUUAAAAAAAGCUAAAUAUAAUAACAAGAAGAAAAAUCUUCCAUCUCCACCAUCAGAAGAAGAACCUAUAAUAGAAGAAGAGAUAGAGGAAAAUAGUAGUGAAGAUGACUUAUCCAUAAGUGAAGAAGAAGACGAAUUAGAUCAGGAAUCAGAAGAAGACGAACUAGAUGAAUUGGAUGAUUUAGAUGUAGAAGAUGAUGCAGUAAAGGAGAAUCAAGAAAUCCCAGACGAUGAUGAAGAUGACGAAGUCUUUGUUGAAGAAGAUUCAGAAAAACCAGUAGAUCCAAAUAAAAAAUCUUCGAAAGAACAACAUACUGAACAAAGAAAAUUAUUAAGUGAGAGAAAAUUACAAAGAAAAUCUGGAGCUCAAGUUCAAGACAUUAAAAAAUUAUGGGAAAAAUUGAGAGUUACUAAACCAACACCAUCAAAACAGCAACGUGAUAAGUUAUGUGAUGAAAUAUGGGAUUUAUCACAUGAUGUUAUUAAUGAUUUAGUUUUAAAACAUGAUGCAUCAAGAGUCGUACAAACUUUGAUCAAGUACUCAAGUAAAGAAAGAAGAGACAAAAUUGUAAAUUCCUUGAAAGGUUCAUUUUAUCAAUUGGCUACUUCAGCUUAUGGUAAAUACUUAUUGAUUAAAAUAUUACAUUACGGAUCAAAAGAAUCAAGAGCAAUAAUAGUUAAUGAACUACAUGGUAAAUUACGUAAAUUGAUGAGACAUAGAGAAGGCGCUUAUGUUGUUGAAGAUUUAUUUGUAUUAUAUUCAACUGCUGAACAAAAACAACAAAUGAUUAGGGAGUUCUGGGGUAGUGAAUAUGCAGUUUUCAAAGAUUCUGGUAAAGAUAAAACAGUACUUGAUGUCAUACAUGAAUCAAGUGAGAAGAAACAAUUGAUUAUGCAAAAUUUAUUUGGUACUAUAAAGGCAUCAGUAGAAAAAGGAUCAACAGGUUUCCAAAUAUUACAUGCAGCAAUGAAAGAAUAUGUUACUGUAUUGGUGGACGAUUUAGAAGUAAAUGAUUCUGCGAUAAGAGAUUUUAUUGAUUUACUAAGUGAACAAUUUGCAGAAUUAGUUCAUACACAAGAAGGUUCAGAAAUUGCUUGUAACUUAAUAGCUUUAGCCAAUGCAAAAGAAAGAAAAGGUAUUGUCAAGAGUUUAAAAACACAUAAAAAUGAAUUAAUUAAAAAUGAAUACGGUAACGUUGUUUUAAUUACAUUAUUUUUGGCAGUGGAUGAUACAGUGUUAACUUACAAAUCAUUUGGAAGUGAAAUGUUUACACCAGAAUUAUUACCAGAAUUAAUAGAAGAUAAAUUUGCAAGAAGACCUAUUUUGUAUAUAUUAAAAGGUUUAGAUGGAAGGUAUUUUUCACCAAAUGUUAAAAAGGCUUUGUUGAAGUACCAAGCUUUAGCUUAUGCUAAAACAUCUAAAAAAGAAACUAAAAGACAAGAAUUACUUGAAAAAUCAAUUGAACCAAUAUAUAAAGCAUUACUUUCUACUGAAGAGUUUGAUAAUUUAUUGACUAAAAACAUGGCACUUCAAUCAAUCACUGAACUAAUCAACACACCAACUACUAAUGAAAAAGUCAACAAUACAUACAGACCACAAUUGAUACAGAAAAUAUUCGAUAAAACCAUUAAGGGAGAUGUAUUAGAAGAUUUCCACUUAUUAAAUAAGACACCAUUUGUUUCAAGAUCAGUAAAAUCAUUAAUUCAAGGUAAUAAAUAUAAAUUUGACAACGAUACCAAAAAGGUAAUUGAAAUUGAAAAUGCUGAGGUGGUGCCAGGUACAGGAGUUGAAUUUGCAGAAAAAGUAGUUGAUGAAAUUAUAGAUAAUAUUAAAUUGAAUGAUUGGAUAAGUGGUCAACCAGCUUUUGUCUUAGUUAGUGCUUUAGAAGUUUUACAAUUAGCAAACUCCAAGAAAGCUAAAACAUUGAAAGAUCAAUUAAAAAAACAAAAGAAAAAUUUAUCAACCGACGACAAAGGUUCAAAACUUUUGUUAGAAUUUAUAUAG